AUGCCUUCCCUGGAUCCUGCUCCCCCUUCACAGCAUCCAAUCCCAGCCCCAGUCCCAGCCCCGGUCCCAGACCCAAUUGAAGUUGAAGAUGAGCAGCAAGAGAAACCAUUUCAUCAAGAAGCCCUAGAACGUCUGAGACGAACAGGGCGCCUUUUCGGUCCAGACGACGAGGACAAUCCAAAAGAGGAGAUGGAGGAAGAUGCCGAGUAUGCCGAGGACGCAGAAUGGGACAACGAGCCUGUUGGCUUAUACUUCCCCAUCGAAAAAACCCACAUUCUCUUCUCCUCCUUCAGUGAUUUCCUAACCGUCGCCAUCCACAACAUCCUCUUCUACCGCAACAUUUAUCCCCCAGCUACCUUCCUCUCCACGAAAGCUUUCAACCUCCCCGUCCACCAAAACCGCCAUCCCAAGGUCUGCGCCUGGGUCAAAGACGCCGUCGAGGCCGUCUUGGCCCAGCUGUCCACAGGACACGUCUCCCGCGUGGCAGUCGUCAUCCACUCCCCUCUCGACAAACCCAUCACCAUACCCCAGCCCAACAUCCCCCCUACAACAGCGACAGGGGACUCUCAGAAGCCGAAGUCCUCGGUCGCCACGCGCCCCUUGCAACAACAACAAGAUGAGCUCACCAUCCCCCAAGGUUCUGUCCUCGAACGCUGGCUGUUCGACACCUCUCACUUUCCGGCUUGGCCGGCUGCCAAAUCAACCGCGGCUCACACUUCCCAUGCCAUGGAAGAGUUUGGCUAUGCUAUGGAAAGGGUAUCCAAGGAGGAGCAUGUGCGUGAUGCCAUCCUUGAUGAGUACCCGGAGAGGGACGAAGACGAGGGAGAUAAGAAUGAAGAAAAGAAAGGGGAAAGCGAGCACAAAGGUGAAAAUGGCGAUGGAAAAGGAGAAGACAGCGAGGGUGACGACGAGGGUAAGGGAAAUAAGCCAGAAUAUCCGAAGGAACCUAUCGAGUGGACAAAAAUACACUGGCCUGAUCUGGACGAGCAGCUUCGGGGGGCGUUACGGAGAAUGGCGAGCACGGCAGAGAAAAUGCCGCCGCUGCCGGAGGGCUGUACCUUCACUGUUGCGAUCGAGAUGGAUCAGGAGGGGCGAGCGCCGAUAGGGCAUCCCCAGCCCUGGAUACCUUCUGAGCCCAACCUCCAGCCUGCAUCACGGGCAAAACCCACCCCUGGAGCAGACCUUGGCGGCGUUAGUGCACGGCCAAUCCGGACGGUCGAAGCCGGACCGCUCUUCUUCGAAUGUUGGAUUGAAGAGGGCAAGGCGAAAGACGUGUGGAACAAAAUACGAGAAGAGUCUGCCAAAGGUGGCCAGAACUCAAAACCUUAA